UCCCCUUGUAGAUUAUGGUCUGAUCAUAUUUGACAAGAAAUUCUCUAACCCAACAAGACUAUUUACAGUAUCUGCUUCAAAGAUCUUGUCUUUAAUCUCUCCUUCAAUAGGUUUUUUGUUGGGUUGUCCUUGAAUUCUUGUCAAAGUUUAAGUUUUGGGUUGAAAUUCCAUCUGGGUUUUGCUUACGUAACGUCUUGGAAUUAAGGGCUUUAGGUGUUUUAGCUCUCGUGUUUUUGGUUAGGUUAGCUAUUCAUUUUAUGGCAUUUGAAUGCCAAAAGAGCACUGAGGUGUCAAAAAGUCUUGCCAUUUGUGUUGAAAAAAGUAAUUCCAAUACAGAACAUCUUGAAAUUUCAGAGUCUUCUUUAGAUUGUUAUCCUAAGAAGGGGAUUUUAAGCAGUUUGAGUUCAAAACAGCUUUCUUGUAAUGAUGUUUUGCUCAAUUGUCGCCGGUCAAUUACCGACCUUCCUCCGGCAUUGAUUUCUGAGAUUCUUAGUUGCCUUGAUCCUCAAGAGCUUGGUAUAGUUUCGUGUGUAUCGAGAGUACUUAAUAGUCUUGCAACCGAGAAUAGUGUUUGGAAGGAAGUAUAUAGUGAGAGAUGGGGACUCCCUAUAGUUCCUGCACCAUUGGGUGCGGGGGUUUCAAAUGAGAAGUCAUGGAAGGAACUGUUUGUGGAGAGGGAGUACAGGAGUAAGAUUUUUUUGAGUCGUUAUAGCAUUGAUACUUUGCAUGGGCAUACUGAAGCAGUUAGAACAGUUUCUGUAUUGGCUUCUGCCAAGCUCAUUUUUACCUCUGGGUAUGAUAUGAUUGUGCGAAUGUGGGACAUGGAAGACGGGUUGUAUAUUGCAUCAUCGUGGCCACUUGGUUGCACUAUACGAGCAGUUGCAGCGGAUACGAAGCUGUUGGUUGCUGGUGGUACUGAUGGUUUUAUUCAAGGCUGGAGGGCAGUUGAGGGUCUCAAGAACUUGUUUGACCUUAAAGGUUCUGAGGUGCCAAACACUGAAUUUAGAAUUUGGGAGCAUGAGGGACCUAUAACCUCUCUUGCCUUGGACCCCACAAGGAUUUAUAGUGGGUCAUGGGACAUGACUGUUCGUAUAUGGGAUCGUUCCUCACUUAAAUGCAUCAAGAUCUUGAGGCAUGGUGACUGGGUGUGGAGCCUUGUUCCGCAUGAUACUACAGUUGCUAGCACAUCAGGUUCAGACGUGUAUGUUUGGGACACUAAUUGUGGGACUCUGCUAACUGUCAUUCAUAGUGCUCAUGUAGGUAACACUUAUUCUUUGGCUCGAAGCCAUACAGGGGAUUUCAUUUUUACAGGAGGAGAAGAUGGGGCUAUGCACAUGUUUGAGAUCACUGGUCCUAAACCUGAGGCUAAUGUUUUUAAGGUUGCAACUUGGAUGCCUCACUCAGGGCCUGUUUAUUCCCUUGCAUUUGAGUUUCCGUGGCUUGUUUCAGCUUCUAGUGAUGGGAGGCUGUCACUAGUUGAUGUGAGAAAACUACUAAGGACCAACAGACGUUCUUUACGAAAGAAUGUUUCAAGGUUUACCGAUAUGGACCGUAACAACAUUGAACCGCCUCAGAGGAUGUUACAUGGGUUUGGGCCCAAUUUGUUUGCAGUAGAUAUCGGUGCUGACCGUAUUGUAUGUGGAGGAGAGGAAGGUGUUGUUAGGAUCUGGAACUUCUCACAGGCGCUGGAAAGGGAGCGGACGGUUCGUGCCAUGAGAGGAAUACGGUUGGAGAACAGGAUGAGGCGGCGCAAACUUCAAAUAGAGAUGAGCAGCAAGGGUGGUCGGACUGAUCAAUGCUCUGUUGCAGCCAAGAAGAACCCAAUGCAUGUCGACAGGAGUGGUGUCUGGCCCAAUAAACAUGGGAUGAGAGGCAAGCUGAAAGCAUAGCAACAGAUAAUUACUGUGUUCCUCCAGUCCGGGCAGUAUGACCUGAUUAUUCUUUGGGUAUUUAUGAACACAAUUAUGUUCUGAGUGUAUUGCUACUAACUGAAGUUAAACUUGCAUUGGCUAUGGUACUUGCAUUUUAAAGGCAACUUCAUUUUACAGUAGUUUUUAUGUGUCUCCUUGCGCCAGUUUUAAUUUUAAUCUCUUGUUGUACUUUCAUUUGUUAUUCUCUUCCCCAAUGCCUAUCUCAAACAUUUCUUGAGAUCCAGUAAGUUUACGCAUAAGCCUGAAAUUGUAUGAUUUCAUAAAGAAAUAAAUGUUUGGCAACAGAAA